AUGACAGACGUGCCAGGUGCGCAGAGGUGGAAUGGAGCUGAAGUCUGCACGCAAAUCGGCAACACCAGGGGGGGAGAGGAGCAAUUUCCAGGGCUGUGGGGUGAAGAGUUGGGUGCUGCUGCUGACUACGUAAGUAGAGAAGGAGGCAAGGAGACGGGUUGGGGAAGGCGCGGGGCGGCAGGGGCAAGCGAGGGGUCACGUGGGGCAGGCGGUGUCUCAGGGCGCCGACAAAUCCGACAAUUCCGUAACUCGGCCCAAGAACCACCAUUGACGAAAGGUGCAAAUGGACGAGUCUCUGCCGGCAGGUACUGUGCGCCUGUGCCGUAUCCACCGCCUGUCCACGUGCUGACCCCAGCCCGACCAGCCUCGCUGCGGGGCCCCAAGAUCUCCAAGGCGUGCGAGGAAUGCCGCCGGAGGAAGCAGAAAUGCAACGGCCUCAGUCCAUGUAACGUGUGCAGCAGGCGCAACACCGUCUGCUCCUACAGGUCCUUCAUCCGCCGCCGCACCGGCCGCACCCAACCCGUCCCGGCCCCGACCCCGACCCCCGGCCCGCACCUCGCCCAGGAGCCCCCCAGGCCCGAGGACCGCGACGGCACUGCCACGUCUGCCGACCGCGAGAGCAGCCAUGCCGACUCCUCGGCCUUCUCCGACGCCCCUCCGCGCUACCACAUUUACAAGAACAUCCGCGCCACCCACGUCCCCGCCGACUCGCCCUCGUGCGUGCUGCAGCUGUACUACGGCUCCUCGUCCAACUUCUCCUUCCUGCAGCACCUGCACACCCACCUGACCGCCCACGAUGCCGUCCCCCGCCCCGACACCCAUGUCGAGGAGGUCCAGAACGGCAACGAAAGCAUUGACGUUUACAAGUACCAGGGCCUGGCCUUUGGCAACACCCCCGGCCAGCGCGAGACCAACCCCAUGUUCCUGAGGCACGAGCUUGCCCGCACUUUCCUGCACAACUACCUGUCCGCCGUCCAUCCCCAUCUGCCCUUUCUGUCCACAGACCAGCUGUGCGCCAAUUUCGAGCGGCUUUAUGGAUACGGCGACGAUGCCAAGAUCGACCCCUCCGAGAGGGCCCUCGUCAUCGUCGCCAUGGCAAUAGGCGCCUGCCCCAGCCAACACGACCUGUGGCGGAAAACCCUCCUGGCUCAGGCGAGGUCCGAGGCCGAUUCUCUUCUGCAUGUCGUCAACUUGCGCGCUGUCCAAAUCGCCCUGCUCAUGAUACGUUCCCCCAUCCAAUCUUCCAAACCCCGCGCUUUGGCUGACCUCCGCGAUACGCCUAUUGUGAAUUUAUUGUCGGCAACCCGAACUCGAGUUACCUGUAUCUUGGCGGCGCCAUCCGUAAAGCAUUCGCCGCCGGCAUGCACCGAGGGAGCCCCACCAGCCGGCAGUCUCUCAGGGACUGUUCGGAACCUCAUCUGCUCCGGCCUUGGGAGACCGUCGUCGCUUUCACUGCAAGACAUUGGACUCUCCCAACCCGAGCGCCCGUCCUUUAUGUCGGCGCAGGUCACACUGUCAGAACUCAUACGCAGCGUCCAGCACUUUUACAACCAUCACGAUUCAUCCGUGAGCGCCGAUUUGAAACAUGCUCAUCGGAUUCGCAACAAGCUGCGAACUUUCGCCCAGACCGUCAAGGACGACUUCGGCUUCGCCCUCGGCUCUCACCUAGGAACAGAAAGAGAUGAAGACUUUGUCGUCCGCGCCGUCAUUUCUUACUGCAAGUGCUUGAUGCCCGUGCUGUUGCUUCUCGGCUAA